UUUCCUGUUGCAGGCAAGUCACUUGCCACAUCUCGAGAAUGUGAUGUCGCUCUCUCAUGCAUUGAAUCUGCAACUAUCAUCUUAAAUGAUCAGCCUGACUGUUUGAAGUGUGUUGCUACCCUGAUCUUUCCCUUACUUUUGAUUCUACCAAAGACAUCGAGAUUAAAUGUCAAAGCCUUGAAUUUAGCCAGUGGAAUAGGCUGGCCAUUUUAUCAGAAACUUUCUGGGACCUACGAUGGGAUCUUUAGAGAAGAGAAGAAGUCGAACUCUAGCUGCAUAACCUCAGCUAAUAUGGUGACAGUUGAAGCUUUGGCUGAAACAUUCGCAGCACACCCUGAAGAUCAUUUGCCUUGGCUGGUCGAAUGUUGUAAUAAUUUUGAGCUGUCAAAGACAUUGUUCUUGUUUGUUUUAGUGCAAUCUUUUAUGAUCCAAAAGGAAGAUAUUCAUGGUUCUUUGGUGCUAUUUCGAGCUUGCUUUCCAGUUAUCAAGCAUGAGUGGGAUGAAAUUGAGUCUAGGGGUGAUGUCAUAUUUGCAGAGGAGUUCAAUGUUGAAAAAUUGGAGAAGGGUUGCAGCGGAUUAUUGGAUCAGUUGUUUGUUUCCAAAUUUAAAGAAUUAAAUGCAAACCUUUUGAUUUGCUUAUUCUGGAUGAUGCUGAGUUCUACUGGUGCAAGAGAUGCCUUGGCUAAUGAUGGGGAGUGGCUAUGUGCACUUCAGGAUCUGUUUGUCCUCUUUGCAUCGUCUCAAUUGAAGCAUGUCUUUAAAGAACAUCUUCAUUUCCUAGUGACAAAAUGCAACAUCUCUCCUGUUUGUUUUCUAUCCAAAUUUUUUACUGGAGAAGGUGUUUGUGUUGCACUCCAACUUGAGAGCCUUCAUUGGUUUGCGACAAUGUGCUCUCAUUUUUCUUCCUUGGGAAAGAGUAUAAGAAGUAGUUGUUUGCAGCUGGAGGAAAUUCUACUAGGAGUUCCUUCUGUUUUUGUUCCACUGUCCAGUGACAACCAGGAUUUGCGUGUUGCAGCUAUGAAUUGUGUCGAGGGGCUUUACACAGUGUGGUGCCAUUUGGAUGUUUCUAGUGGGAAAAACGGGAAUGGCACAAUGUUAACUCAUAGCAAGUUGACACCUCUCAGGGAGCUGUUAGGGUUAAUGGUUCAGCAAAAACGGCUGAUUUCAUCAGACAGGGACUUCCUUCCAUCAUUUUUGACGUCUUUGCUUAGCUCCUGCUGCCACACCCUUUUGGUACCACAGGAUACGGACAGAAGGUUUGAUCAAUAUACAAAAGAAACGAUCUUACAUUUUAUCUUGGGCUCGGCACUAAAACUCCCUGCAUUUGGAAAGCUUAUGGUUCUAUCAUUGUUCAAAGGAAUGGGCACUGCAAUCAUGAAUAUAGAAGCUAUCAAUUUAUUGCUGGCCGAACUUUUGAAAAGGCGAACUCAACAUCAUUUGGGGAUUGAUAAGUCCAGUAAAAAAUUGUCAAAGAUUGAAGUUGAGACUGUAUGCCUCCUGCUGGAGGUGUGUGCUACUCUAAAUACUUCACUUGGUGAAGAUAUCCCUGUAGAGCAUCUAUUUAAGGCCUUGCAAGUGGAUGGUGUGUUCUCAGAAGACCCUGCUAUCAUACAGCCUUGUGUCACUGUCUUGCAAAAGCUGACUCACUCUUUGUACAGUAUCUUGAAGGCUGAGCAACAGGAUCAUCUUCUUCAAGUUCUUGUUUUUCUGUUUCGGAAUGACAAUGGAGAUAUACAGAAUGCAGCUAGAGAGGCUCUUCUGCGUGUAAAUAUAACUUUCUCUACCAUUAGGAAGCUGCUUGAUUCUAUUCUUUCAGAAGAAGGCCGAUUCGUUGCUUCAUCAGAUGGCAAGAAGAAGAAAAAGAAGCUAGUAAGACCCCAGAUUUAUGAUUUAAAUCAUGACCCUUUCUUUAAAGGAAAAGACAUGGUUUCUUUCCUUAGCUCCCUUCUUGAUGUUCUGUUGCUGAAGAAAGAUAUAGUCAGCAGGGUUUCUCUUGUUGGGCCUUUAUUUAAGCUUCUCAGCAAAAUCUUUACUGAUGGCUGGCUACUUGGGCUUGUUGACCAAGAUGAAAAACCCCUUGACCCUUUGAAUGGGGAUUCUCAAACUAUAACCAGCACAAUAUGUUACAUUCAACAUAGAGUAUUAAUAAUCCUUGAAGAUAUUAGUACUUCUCUAGCAUCUGAUAAUUCCCUCAAGGCUGGCGUAGUUGAUAACUUUGACAUAAAACUGUUGGUUGAAUGUGCACGUGCCGCAAAGGAUGCAGUGACUCGCAAUCAUGUAUUUUCCUUUUUAUGUUCUAUUGCAAAGUUCAUUCCAGACAAAAUUUUAGAUCAUAUUCUUGAUAUCCUUACUGUCAUCGGGGAGGCCGCUAUUACACAGAGUGACAGUCACUCACAACAUGUGUUUGAGAAUCUGAUUUCCACUGUGGUUCCAUGCUGGCUAUCUAAAACAGACAAUGUAGAGGAACUGCUUCAGGUUUUUACAAAUGUGUUGCCUGCGGUUGCUGCACAUCGAAGGCUGACAAUCAUAGUUUACCUUUUAAGGAUUCUGGGAGGGAAGAGUUGCUUGGCUUCAUUGCUUGUACUUCUUUUUCGAUCUUUGGUUUCGAGGACAAUCAAAUCAUUCUCCAACGAGAGUACAUAUACCGCAGGAGAUUUUAUUUCUGUAACCCAGAAGGAAUGGGAGUACAUAUUUGCGUUACAAGUAUGCGAACAGUAUUCAUGCAUGAUAUGGCUUCCCUCUCUGGUUAUGCUUCUUCAACAAAUAGGAACGGUUGAUCAGUCUCAAGUGCAAUUCAUGGAGUUGCUAUGCGCAAUGCAAUUUAUUCUUUACAAAUUGCAGGACACAGAAUUGGUUUUUAAGCUUGAAUCUGGGGAGGAAUCUGAUGACAUUCAGAAAAUACUUGGGGCACUAGUGGAGCAGGUUGUUUUGCACUUGCAACUUAUCAACACCAGAAGCAAGCAACUGAAAGUUCCUAUUAGCAUCAGGAAAGAAAUGAAGGAGUGUAUGCAGACUUCCUUGAAGAUUAUAACAAAGGGCAUGAUCCCCUCGGCAUACUUUAAAUGCAUUACUCUGUUACUGGGCCAUGUAGAUAGAAAUGUGAAAAAGAAGGCUCUUGGGCUUCUGUGUGAAACCGUUAAAUACCGUGUCAUGAAGACAAAGAGUAAAGAGAGAAGUAAUUUACAUCAGAAUUCAAGUUAUUCUUGGCUUCAGUUGGAUAGAAAUGCAUGGGAGGCCUUUGACAAGCUGUGUGCAGAAAUUGUUCAGUUAAUUGAUGAUUCUACGGAUGAUUCUGAUACUUCCUUCAAGUUGGCAGCGGUUUCUGCCCUGGAUGUUUUGGCAAACCAGUUCCCUUCAAAUAAAUCUGUCUUCAGCACAUGCCUUGCUUCUGUUUCAAAGCACAUUGGUUCAUCUAACUUUGCUUUCUCUGCCAGCUGCCUUCGUAGCACUGCUUCUCUGAUUAAUGUGCUUGGUCCAAAGGCACUAGCUGAGCUUCCUCACAUUAUGGGACACUUGUUAAAUAGAGUUCAUGAAGUCUCCCCAUGCGUGGCUACAAAAUCCAAGGAUAACCUGGAUAGAACUGUUAUUGGAUUCUCUAGUGUUAAGGAAUCUCUUCUGAUGUCUAUUCUUGUGACCUUGGAAGCAGUAAUAGACAAGCUUGGUGGAUUUUUGAACCCAUAUCUUGGAGAUAUUAUAGACAUUAUGGUGCUGCAUCCAGAAUAUGCAUCUGGAUCAGAUCUAAAGAUGAAACUGAAAGCUGAUGGAGUGCGAAAGCUGGUUACUGAGAAAAUUCCUGUUCGCCUUACCCUUCCUCCUUUGCUUAAGAUAUAUCCUGGAGCUGUCGAAUCUGGGGAGUCAAGCUUGUCAACUUCUUUUGAAAUGCUUGCAAAUUUAGUUGGUGUAAUGGAUCGAUCAUCAGUUGGAUCUAAUCAUGCAAAGAUAUUUGAACAGUGCUUAUUAGCACUUGAUCUUCGUCGUCAGCAUCCUGUGUCAGUUAAAAAUGUUGAUGCUGUAGAGCUGAGUGUUAUCAAUGCAACGGUUUUCUUGACAAUGAAACUCACUGAGACCAUGUUCAAGCCUCUUUUCAUUCGGAGUCUUGAAUGGGCAGAAUCUGAAGUGGUAGGAAAUGGGGGUAUGGAAGGAAGGAAUUUGGAUAGAGCUAUUUCUUUUUACAGAUUGAUCAAUAAACUUUCUGAGCAGCACCGAUCCUUAUUCAUUCCCUACUUCAAGUACUUGCUUGAGAGUUGUACCCGCUAUCUCACUGAUGGUGGUGAUGCCCAGAUUAGUUUGAGCCAGAAGAGAAAGAAGGCCAAGGUUCAGGAUGCAAAGAGUGAUAAAAAAGUAGGAAAAAGAGUAUUAUCUCUGGAACAAUGGCAUCUCAAGACACUAAUCUUAUCAUCCCUCCAUAAAUGCUUUGUUUAUGACACUGGGAGUCAGAAGUUCCUCGAUUCUUCAAAUUUUCAGGUCCUGUUGAAACCCAUCAUUUCACAACUUGUAGAAGAACCACCAGCUUCUCUCGAAGGAUUUCCACAUUUACCAUCCAUUCAAGAAGUUGAUGAUAUUUUGGUUGUUUGUGUGGGUCAGAUGGCUGUUACAGCUGGUUCCGACCUUUUAUGGAAGCCCCUGAACCAUGAGGUGCUGAUGCAAACUAGGAGUGAUAAAAUCCGCUCACGUAUUUUGGGGUUGAGAAUUGUGAAGUACCUCUUGGACCACCUGAAAGAGGAAUAUCUAGUCCUUCUCCCUGAAACCAUCCCAUUCCUUGGAGAGCUACUUGAGGAUGUGGAAUCGUCUGUGAAAUCUUUGGCCCAAGAGAUUCUCAAGGACAUGGAGACUCUGAGUGGCGAAAGCCUGCGACAAUACCUUUGAUAUUGAAUAUCAACAACAAAAAAUCCCAGUUUUUUCCCCAUUACGACUUCCCCAUGGUAGAUUGUGGAAUGUUGGUGAAUACCGAGAGUGAAGAGGGUGGGUUGGCACAGUUUUAUGAGGGAAUUGUUGAUUGGAGCUGCUUUGUGAGGGAAUUGUAUUAUAUGAAGAGUUGAAGAGGUAUUGCCUAGACCAUUGUGUAGUUAAACCAAAUGUUGAGAGAUUUGGAUAAAAUUUUGGAAUCAGAAUCGGUAUAAAUCAAA